GGAAUAUGACGUUUAUGUCACUGUAAUUUGUCCCGUUUUUUUUUUAAACCAACUGUACAUGUAACUAAUAAAUGUUCCAUCAAUUUUAUUUAAAUGUCUGAUAGAACUCCGAUUUUAGAGAUUCAUUUUGUCUAAACUUUUAUGCAAACAUUAAAUUACCUACUUUUUUAACGGUUCAUGCGCUUUGUCGUAUUCCUUUGCAUCGAUUUUCCUGCUGAAAACUGGUCCAGCAAGCACCAGCAUCACAGAAAUGUGGGUGUAACUCACUGAAAAUUAAAUAGUUAUGUACUUGUUGAAGUUUAAAUGUUGUUUAUGUUUGUUAUUUGUUGUUUUCUUCAAAAAUAUUGACGGCACUAAACACAUUGAAGCAAAUCCUGAUGCUAAACGUUUAUACGACGAUUUACUAAGUAACUACAAUAGACUUAUCAGACCUGUAGAAAAUCAUACCCAAACUUUGACGGUAUGGCUGGGUUUAAAAGUCUCGCAGUUGAUAGAAAUGAAUUUGAAGAAUCAGAUAAUGACAACAAAUCUGUGGGUUGUGCAGAGGUGGUUUGACUAUAAAUUAAAGUGGGACCCGGAAGAAUAUGGAGGCGUCGAAAUGUUAUAUGUCCCUUCAGAACACAUAUGGUUACCAGAUAUUGUUCUCUUCAACAACGCUGAUGGGAAUUACGAGGUCACUCUAAUGACUAAAGCUACUCUUUCUUACACUGGUGAAGUAAUCUGGAAACCCCCUUCUAUAUACAAAUCUUCUUGCGAAAUCAACGUCCAAUACUUUCCCUUCGAUGAACAAAGUUGUCUAAUGAAAUUUGGCUCCUGGACUUACAAUGGUUUCCAAGUUGACUUGAAACAUAUGGACCAAGUUCCUGGUAGUAACAUAGUAAACGUUGGAAUCGACUUAUCAGAAUUCUACCUUUCUGUCGAGUGGGAUAUUCUCGCAGUGCCCGCAACGCGAAAUGAGGAAUAUUACCCUUGUUGCACCGAACCCUAUUCCGAUAUCACAUUCAAGAUCACCAUGAGACGAAAAACUCUUUUCUACACCGUUAAUCUCAUCAUUCCGUGUGUUGGCAUCACAUUUCUCACUGUACUUGUUUUCUAUCUUCCUUCUGAUUCUGGCGAAAAAGUUUCACUUUGUGUCUCUAUUCUACUUUCAUUAACUGUAUUCUUCCUACUUUUAGCCGAAAUUAUCCCCCCUACUUCUUUAGCUGUACCGCUCCUCGGGAAAUAUCUACUUUUCACAAUGAUUCUAGUAACAUCUUCUAUUUGGGUGACUGUGUGCGUCCUUAAUGUACACUUCCGUUCUCCUUCGACACAUAAAAUGUCACCUCUUGUACGCAAAAUCUUCCUUCAGUUUAUGCCAAAACUGUUAAUUAUGCGUAGAACAACGUACACUCUACCAGAAUAUGACGACAACCUCCCUCCUAGAGGUUAUACCAACGAAAUGGAAUUGCAACUGAAUAUGAGAGAUCCAUUUAAUACGGAUUUUAAAAUUACAACACGAGAACCAAGUUUUGUGUUGCAGAAUCCUGAGGAUGAUAAUAAGAUGAAAGCUCAUUCUUCAAGAUCCUCAAAUAUGACUCCCAGGACUUUAUCUGCUAACGUGCUUUCUGCUCUACAGGGUGUUAGGUUUAUUGCACAACAUAUUAGUGACGCGGAUAAAGAUAAUGAGAUUGUUGAAGAUUGGAAAUUUGUUUCAAUGGUACUAGACCGAUUUUUUCUGUGGGUGUUUACGUUAGCAUGUAUUGGCGGAACUUGUGGAAUAAUUUUUCAGGCUCCUUCUUUAUAUGAUACAAGAGUUCCUGUGGAUCGAGCAGCUCUAAAACUUUAAAGAGAAACGUAAAGAUUUUUCUCAUGGAUGAACGAGAGAUUGGACUGCUGAUAAUUUGUUGUAUACUUUUUUCUACAUACUGACACAGUUUCAACUAAAUAGAAUAAGUAAAUGUGAAAAUUCUAGAAUGAAAGAUAACGUAGGUGACUAUUUUAACAAUGUGUCAAAGUCUAUAACAAUAAUUUAACACCAAAUACUAUUACACGCAAAAAACACUUUUUCAAAUAUUUAUAACACUAAACAGAUAUAAAUACUUUUUUCAUUUGUUCUUAUACACGUGUGCGUAUAUCUAAAACGGAACAUUAAUCUCUACUCUAAUUCUUUUUUUAAUAAAUACUAAUAGAAAGCAAAAUAGUCACUGUAUUUUCGUUUCCGUUAAUAAAAACUGAAGUUAUAAAUUUUAUUGUGAAUGACUCUAGUAGAAUGGUGUGUAUGUUGCAACACCUACGGCUAGAGCCGAUUUUCAGUAAUAGUCGUUUUUCUUUCUUCUAAGCAUUAUACUUUCCGUCUUCGGCUCAAGCACCAAACUUUCACAUUCGUAAAAAAGAAAUAAGUACCACUUCGUGCUUGUGGAACUUUGAAAAGUCUGCCACUGCAUCACCAUUCUUUUAAAUAUAGUUGGUAAAAAAUUUUCUAAAUUGUGCUUUUUAAAAACCAAAUGUGCAAAUAUUCAAGACACUUAUUCUCGUAGUAUAUUUUUUAAAUAUAAUUAUUCAAUGCUCCAUCACUUUAAUCAACAUUUGGGCGCAAUAUUACACCGUGCAUCUAUAAACUAAUGAAAAAAUCGAUAAAAAAAUUCGAUAUUGAUAAAAAUGCUCUCAUAAGGCUACUUAAAGUUUUUCACGACCUAUAUAUUGUGGAAUAAUUUUAAAUUCUUUGAUUUUAACGAUAUAUUUUUUAAUAUAUACCUACCUACAUACAUUUCAAAUUUGUAUUAACGUUUAAAUGUCAUUGUUAAUGGAUACGUAUUCAACUGAGUCCAGUUUACCCAAUUAAAUCUUUUGAAAAAGUCCUUUCAAGAGGGUUUCUACUUUAUUUUGGCAGCCACUGUAUUCUAAUUAUUAUUAAUUUAUAUUUUUUACUAAACAAAAUAAUUGAAAUUUCUUUGCCUCAAACUUCAUUAUAUUUACUAAACAAAACUCUAAAAAAAAGAAAGUAACUGAAAAAAAAUUACACAUUUUAGAACAGCCUCCACAUAAUAUAUUUCACAAAUAGAAAAUGAAAUUUGUCUCUACAGUUCAACAUAUUUAAUAUUAUAGUGUCAUCGGCUUUUGAACAAACUGUGAAGUGUGCUAACAUUUUUGCAAACAUAUUAUUAUAGUUUUUCAGUCAUUCUUGUUUUGUUUUUACUUCCUGGGCGUAAGCUAAGGAAGUACUGUAAUCGAGUCCACCGGACGACUGGCUACUUUCAUAUUUUCUCGUCGUGUCAUGACCCCUAGAGUACAAAAAUGUAGACUCCCGUUUCCGGUCUGUCGGUCCGCCGCCUGUGUCGAUUUUUAU